GCGUCGCCCGCGCGCGCCGCGUCGGCGCCCAGCUGCAGCGGUGCACCAGCUACUUCGAGGGCCACAGGGCCCGCGGGUUCAAAGACGACACCAUCGGGCGGGCGCUGUGGAUCGAGGUGGCGCUGCUGGCGCUGGUGGUGGGGUUCUUCCUGGUACCCUCGAGGGCGCGCACGGUCGUGGUGGACUACUCGACGGUGUACGUGUUGGAGCCCCUCCGCGCGAGGGUUGCCUUUCUAGAUAUCCGCCUGCCGGGGCCGCUUGGCAGCGCCGCGUUCCGCGCCGCGGCAGCCAACGUCCUCGUCGUCACGGUGCUGCUCGCGCUCACCUGGACCAGCCUCAAGAGCUAG